UGCAGCAGAGAGGGGCCGGGGCAGGGCUCCGGCAGCGGCCGCUGGCUCCAUCCCUAUUGCUGACUCCUGCGCUUUUGUUAUGAAUUUCGUAAUGUUUUGGGGCUUAUCUGAAGCGCCGACAGCGGAGUCAGAGGAGCAUGUGACAGUCCAUGGGGUGGGGGGAGCCUGCUUCAUCCCUCCCCAUCCAGCCUGGGCGAUGCCUGGUGCUGGGCAGAGUUGUGGCUUUAUGGAUUGAUCUUUCCCAAUGGGGCAGCUGCAGAGUGAGCCGUUGGUGUGGAGACAUCCCUGGUGAUUGGAAGGGUCUCAGGCUGAAGGUGGCAGAGGGUUUUGCACAGUGGGGUGGACUGGCCCAAACCCCUCCUGAAAAGCAAAGGAGGAAGGUCUUCUGUGCCGUGUUCUGGCCAGCAGCGUGGCCAUGCCCCACCGGCCUCCCCAGCGUGUUUGGGAUGCUGGGGGGGUCCAUGUGCCCUGUGGAGGAGACCAAUGCUGGCAGUGGUGCUGUGCAAAGUCUUUACCUGGCUCCCCCUGCUCCUCGACAGUGCUUUUCCCUCGAGGAGGACGACCUGAACAUAACGUCGCUGGAUGCAGAAACCAUCUUGGAAGCUGAAGAGAUCCUGGGGACGAUGCAGAACUAUCUUGACUCCUCUGUGAUCUCCAUCAUUGAGGACCUCUCCCUGAGCGAGGUGGGAGCACGCACCCGGGGGUGGGAAGCGGUGGCUGGGCUGUCUCUGGCUGUGGCAGGGGUGGGGGUGGUGGCAGUGUCCCCCAUGGCCGUGUCCCACUGCUCUCUGAGACUGUCCCUGCCCUUGCAGCAGAGCAAGGCCUGCCUGGAUGCGCAGAACGAGCUGUCCCUGCUCACUGCCAUCACUGAGAUCCUGGACAGCACGGACGAUGAGACCCUGUCCCCCUUUGACACCAUCAUGGACGCAGAGCUGCUGACCUCCCCUCGGGAGCGGGAGAACCCCUCGUUUCAGAAGUUUCUCAGCUUAUCCCGUCCGUCACUGGAGUGUGAGAGCCCAGCCCUGGAGCAGCCCAAGGCUCUCAGGCCUCUCAGCAGCAGCAUCUCUGUGGUUGGGAAGACCGACACAGACCUGGCUUGGGACCGUGCUGCUCAUGGCCUCGAGGACCCGGUGCUGCCGAAGAAGCAAGUCUGCAGCACCCCGAGGGUGGAGAGGAAGGUGGGCCGGCACCGGACCCGAGAGCAGCCCCUGCCGCAGCGCAGCGAUGGGGAGGAAGAGGAGGAGGAGGCUGCCUUGAGCCCAGGGCGAGACAGCAGCAUGGAGGCUGGGGAGCUGCGUGUGAGCAGAGCCGGGGCGGCACUGGAGGAGCGCGAAGACCCCUGCAUCAUCAACACGGGGGACGUGUCCCUGAGCGAGCUGGUGAAGUCCAUGCACCCAUACUGCCUGCCCACCUUCACUGUGUGCCUGGACCCCGAGACCGAGCCCGUGGCCAAGGAGCUCCUGAGUGGUCCCGUCUUGCUGGAAAUUGUGCCUGGCGAGGGGGAGAGCGUGGAGAUCCCCGUGGUCCUGCAGCCCUUGGCCCCCACCUUCCCCGAGCUGGAGCCCCAGCUUCUGUCAGCAGAGGAGGGUACCGGGAGGUCAAUCCCAGCGGAUCAAGAGGAGCUGCCAGGAGCUCCAGCCCAGGAAAACAGGGUGGAGGAGAAGAAGGAGGAGAAACCACCUGGGAAGGAGCCUUCCUGCACUACCCCAGAGAGCACGUCCCCCCCGGAGAAAGCAGCACCCAGAGCCUGUAGCCCCGACAGCAGCUCCCAGCCCAGCACCGGUGCCCCGGUGGGCAGCAAACGCGAGGGCUCCGAGAAGGGACGCGGCCGUGAGAGAGCGAGGAAGAGUAGGAAAAAGAAAGGAGAGGAGGACCAAAGCGAGCAGGCUAGGCCAGGCAGGGACUGCGUGGCCCACCGGCUCCGCUCGGCCGGCUCUGGCCACCCCCCGGGCCAGCCCCCCAGCAGCCGGCGGCGAGCAGCCUGUCCCUCCGUCCAGGUCUCAGACUUCCUGGCGCGGCAGCUGGAGCGAGCCCAGAAGGAAGGGCAGAUGGAGCUGCGUGCCGAGCGGGCACCACGGCCCCGGGGCAGGCCCCGGAGCACAACAGGGGCCUCCCCGCUGGAGAAAGCCCAGCGGGAGCUGCAGAAGGAGCCUGCACCAGAAACGGUGAGCGUGGCCCUGGAGAAGGCCCAGCGGGAGCUGCAAAAGGAGCCAGCACCAGAAACGGUGAGUGUGGCCCUGGAGAAGGCCCAGUGGGAGCAGCAGAAGGAGCCAGCACCAGAAACGGUGAGCAUGGCCCUGGAGAAGGCUGAGACUGUGGUGCCUCUGGAGAAGACAGCCCCAAGUGUGGAGGAGCAGCCGGCGGCUGCGUGUCCCAGCCCGGCAGACCAAGCUGAGGGUGAGGGAGAUGCGCAGCCGGCCGCCGGACAGGGUGGUGGAGUCUCGGAGGCUGCCUCUCCGCUCCAGGAGCAAGGUGUGGGGCUGGAGCCCCCCCAGAGCCUGCCGGCGACAGAGCCGAGCGAGGGUCUGCCCAAGGAAGCCAAGCCCAAGGCCCUGAGCCUGCGGGAAUACCGCAUCCGCAUGCUGCACCGCCAGCCCAGCCCGGGAGACAGGAAGGAUGGCGAGAAGCAAGCAGCCAGCAAGUGGCCCAGCGUCCCUGAGCCCCCGACAGAGCUGGCGGAGAUCCCCUGCCUGGUGCCGCCCGUGCGCCCCGCCACCGAGGCGGCCGGCACUCAGAAGAGCCCGGAGAAACCCACCAGCCCCGCUGCAGUCUCUUCUGCUGCUGGCAAAGCUCCCCCUGCUCCUGCCUCUGCUCCGACACCAGCCACGGCUCCAGCACCCGCCACGGCCCCGCCACCCCCAUCAACACCAAUGCCUUUCGUCGCACCGAAUGUGCCCCCAGCCGGGAUGCCACCAGCCUCUGCUGGUGCUUACGCCCUUUACCCACCAGUGCCUUCCUGGCCUUGUUUCAACCCGCAGCCCGUGGGCUGCCAUGGUUUGCCCCCGCCGCCCGGUGCCAGCUCUUCCAGUACUUUUCACAUGGUGCCUGGCCUCCCACCUCCGGCCAUGGCCUGGCCCCCACCGGCCGUGCCGCCCCCGCCUCCGUUUGGCCCCGGUGGCCCCUACACCCCAGUAGGGUGGGCAUCACCAUCCUACUGGCCAGGAAUCCCCGUGCCACCUCCAGUGCCUCCGCUGGCCUACGGGGACCCUGGAGCGGCACUGCAGGGCGCUGCCACCUUCCCAGCUGGCGGCCACCCCGGCACGGCCAUCCUGCACGGGCAGCCUCCUGCCACCCCUGCGCUCGGCUGCCCGGAGCCACCGGCCUUCCUUGCCCAGCCUCCUAAUGCUCCAGCCAGCGAGAUGGGGGCUGCUGGUGGCCCAGCCAGGCCAGCCACCAGCCGGGUGUCUGACCCCAGGAGACAGGCACGGCUGGCAGGGGAGAGCUCUCUCCCCAAAACCCCUCCAGCCCCUGCCCAGCCCCCGGCAGCCUCGUCGCCUGCUGCUGCCCAGCCCAGCAGGGUCCCUGCUGCAGCACCAGCCCUCCAGGCUGCCCCCACCCAGCCUCCAGAGGAGCCCCAGGCUGCAACCCCACCACAGCUCCCAAAGGUGCCCCCAGCUGCCACCCAUUGCCCUGCAGAGGUGUCCCCUGCCGAGGUGUCCCCUGCCGCUGGCCCUGCUGAGGAGAACCCUGGUGCCCGCCCCACAGAGGAGACUGCAGGGCCAGGCAAGGGGUCAGUGGAGAAAGCCCUGCCAGAACCCAAGGCAACUGCUGGGCAGGAGGCACCUAGCCAAAAAUCCACCCCCCAGGCCGUGGCACCGCCACCGAAAGUGGGCCGGGAGAGCAGCCUGCCCACCAAGGCGCCCGCUGCACGGCCCUGGAGGCACCAGCCGCUCCUCAGCCCGGCGCAGCCCAGCGACAGCAGCAAGGACAUCGUGCAGGCCUUCAUCAGCGAGAUUGGGAUCGAAGCCACCGACCUGUCCAGCCUGCUGGAGCAGUUUGAGAAGUCUGAAGCCAAGAAGGAGGAGACCCCCGUGCAGCCCCCCGAGGACAGGCGGCCGGCGGGGAGCUCGGGGCCUGAGACCCAGCAGGACAGGAAGCCCUUGGAUGGCCUGCAGGCCUCUGAGCUGGCUAACGUGGCAGGUCUCACCCCGCCAGCGACGCCACCCCACCAGCUCUGGAAGCCAUUGCCCGCUGUCUCGCUGCUGGCCAAGGCCAAGUCGCCCGGGUCCACACCCCAGGAAGGGGCCCAGAAGAUGGCCACGGUGGUGAAAGCCAAACCGCUGCUCCCAAGCAAGCUCCAGGGGAAGAGCCCAGCGCCGGUCACCGCCAGCUCAGCCCCCAGCCACGUCUGCUCGGGGGACCACGACUACUGCAUCCCGGGUGCGGCGCGGCCGGAGAGCAGCCCUGGCACGCAGCCCCCCGCCGAGGGCGGCUCCCGCUGGAAUGUCAAACACCUCCGGGACAUCACGAUCAAACCCAUCUCCUCUUUAACCAAACGGACGCUGGACCAGCCCAAGUCCACCCCGCCAGCUCCCACCACCAGCGUGGGGACGGGCCAGGAGCCCCUGGGGACAGCCUGCCUGGCGCCCCUGGAUUAUCGGACUAGCGUCCCCACUAAGGCCACCGCCGGCUGCAGCAGCCCCCCCACCUCAGUGCUCCUGUCUCCAGCUGCAUCCCCCUGCCGGGACCAGGAGACGCGGACUCCCAGUGCCCAGCCCGGCCGUGCUGCUGCCAAGAGGUCCCUGCGCUGCUACCGGAGACCCCGGGACUCGCCCAGCCCCUCUGCCGGCAGCUGGAGGGCCGGACGGAGCCGUGCCAGCCGUUCUUUCAGCUCCAGUUCAGAUGGAGCUAGCGAGUCCUCAUCUUCAUCUUCAUCCUCAUCCUCCCGCUCCCGGUCACGGUCCCUCUCCCCACCACCCAAGCGGUGGCGAAGGUACCGCUCCAGGUGUUCUCACAGCUCCUCCUCCCGCUCCAGCUGUGGGUCGUGUGGCAGGUCCCGGGACAGGUCCUCAUCCUCGUCAUCAACGUCUUCCUACUCAUCCAGGUCCACAUCCCGCAGCCAGUCCCGCUCCCCCUCACCCCGCAGGAGGAGUAACAGGCGGAGAAGAUACAGUUACGACGCACAGGACCACUACCAAAGGCAGAGGAUCCUCCAGAAGGAACGUGCAAUAGAGGAGCGGCGAGUUGUGUUUAUUGGCAAGAUCCCCAGCAGGAUGACCCGGUCGGAGCUGCGGCACCGCUUCUCUGUGUUCGGGGACAUCGAGGAGUGCACCCUGCACUUCCGCUCCGAGGGGGACAACUAUGGCUUUGUCACCUACCGCUAUGCCGAGGAAGCCUUUGCUGCCAUCGAGAGCGGGCACAAGCUGCGGCGCCCGGAUGAGCAGCCCUUUGACCUGUGCUUCGGCGGCCGCCGGCAGUUCUGCAGGAGGAACUACGCCGACUUGGACUCAAACCGGGAAGAUUUCGACCCAGCCCCUGUCAAGAGCAAGUUUGACUCCCUGGACUUCGACACGCUGCUGCGGCAGGCACAGCGCAGCCUGCGGAGGUAGCGGCAGGCAAGGCGGAGCGCCCGCCCCCACUUUUAUACUCAAAUAUAAAAGACAAAAAAGUAUGGAGGGAGAGAGAGAGAGAAAGAGAUGGGGUUUUUAAGAAAAAGAAAAAGGAAAAAAAGAAAUUUGUUUUAUAACCAAUAUUUAAGGAGGACCGGUCAUUUGCCUUCGACUCGAGGGGCCCAGGCGAGUGGCAGCCCCCGGGCGUGCCCCAGCCGUGUAAUAAAUGCGGAUGCCCAAACA